UCGUCCACUUGAAGGGGCGUUGGGUUUCCUUAAGGGUCCGUUAGCGGAGGCAUAUUCUUAUCUUGACCUUAAGGUGAGGAGCAUCCAGCAGUCAUGUCGGACGCUGUGGUUAGUUUCAUGAAGGAUUUCUUGGCGGGUGGUGUCGCCGCUGCCAUCUCCAAGACCGCCGUUGCCCCUAUCGAGAGAGUAAAACUUCUGCUGCAGGUACAACAUGCCAGCAAACAAAUCACAGCAGAUAUGCAAUAUAAAGGUAUUGUGGACUGUGUGGUCAGAAUCCCCAAAGAGCAGGGUUUCUUGUCCUUCUGGAGAGGCAACCUGGCCAACGUCAUCAGGUACUUCCCUACCCAGGCCCUCAACUUUGCCUUCAAGGACAAAUACAAGAAGAUUUUCCUGGGUGGCAUUGAUCAGAAGACACAGUUCUGGCGCUGGUUCGCUGGUAACCUCGCAUCUGGAGGAGCAGCCGGUGCCACUUCCCUUUGCUUCGUCUACCCCCUUGACUUCGCCAGAACCAGGCUCGCCGCUGACAUCGGUAAAAGCGGAGCAGAGAGAGAGUUUACCGGUCUGGGCAACUGCAUUGCCAAGAUUUUCAAGUCCGAUGGUCUCAGAGGCCUCUACCAAGGGUUCAAUGUGUCCGUGCAGGGCAUCAUCAUCUACAGAGCAGCCUACUUCGGUUGCUUCGACACAGCUAAGGGUAUGCUGCCAGACCCUAAGAACACACACAUCGUCAUCACCUGGAUGAUUGCUCAGACUGUCACCGCGGCCGCUGGUAUCAUUUCAUAUCCCUUCGACACAGUCAGACGUCGUAUGAUGAUGCAGUCUGGACGUAAAGGAGCUGAUAUCAUGUACUCGGGCACAAUCGACUGCUGGAAGAAGAUCACCAAGGAUGAGGGUGCCAAAGCCUUCUUCAAGGGCGCGUGGUCCAACGUGAUCAGAGGCGCGGGUGGCGCAUUCGUGUUGGUCCUGUACGACGAGAUCAAGAAAGUCGUAUAAACAUUCUAAGCACCCUUCUGUUAAAGGAAACCUUUUUAACGCCAUCUAUGUCUUAAGUGUAUGAUUGACUCCAACUGGGUAUGAUUCUGGGGUAGAUGUGUAUUUUGUUGAGCCUUUGGGUCACUGGCUAUGAGUGGGGCGUGUCUCCCCUGAAACCUCUAUGUGUGUAUAUAUAUAUAUAUAUCCUACCUGCCAGCCAACUGUAAGGAGCUCAGUCAAUCUUUCAGUCUAGGGCACCACAAGUCCUGAUUGGAAGCUAAAUUUAUUUAUUCCCACAAUUAACUGCAAAUUUAUGCUCCAGUGAAACAUUGCCUGAAAUGUUUUUGGUUGCUCUUUUGUCCCAUAAACAGAAUUUCCUUCAAGCGAUGAGACCCUGUAUUGAAGGCCUAGUAUUUAUUGUGGUGUAUUACACCUGAAUGUUCUUUUAAUAAGAAUAAACCUAAACAAUACAUCUUA